UUUAUAGAGCCUCAGUGCCCCGUCUCUCCUCAGUCUCCUCUAUCCUCUCCCAGAAGAGAGGACCAGUGGAGGCACCUCUCGGAGUCUUAGACUUCAAGGAGUCUGAGACUUAGCGAGAGGAGCCCGGAGGAGACAACCCUUCUCUCUCCUUUACCCAUCCCUUUCUUUUACUUACAGACGCAAGCUGAGGCGCGGAGCUUAAGAAAGUUCGUAGUGGUCGCAAGGUAGGUGCAUCCUUUUUUUUUCGCCCUGAGGUAAGACUGGGGUCUGCGGACCCAGCUUCUCACCUCAUAAGGUUCAUCCUUUUUGGCUCCAGCAGUCCUUGCGCAACGGGGCCACUCUCUGCACAGCCAGAGGGUGAGUCGGCUUCUUGGUGAGCGCCUAGGAGAAUGGAUCGCAGGUCCCGGGCUCAGCAGUGGCGCCGAGCUCGCCAUAAUUACAACGACCUGUGCCCGCCCAUUGGCCGCCGGGCAGCUACCGCGCUCCUCUGGCUCUCCUGCUCCAUUGCUCUCCUCCGCGCCCUAGCCACUUCCAACGCCCGCGCCCAGCAGCGUGCCGCCCAGCGCCGGAGCUUCCUUAACGCCCACCACCGCUCCGCCGCGGCGGCCGCUGCCGCCCAGGUACUCCCCGAGUCCCCUGAAUCUGAGUCUGAUCACGAGCACGAGGAGUCCGAGCCUGAGCUAGCCCGCCCCGAGUGCCUGGAGUACGAACAGGACGACUUCGAGACCGAGUCCGAGACCGAGUCUGAGUCUGAAAUUGAGUCCGAGACAGAAUUCGAGUCCGAGCCUGAGUCUGAGCCUGAGACCGCCCCUGCAACUGAGCCUGAGACCGAACCCGAAGACGAGCGCGGCCCCCGAGGAGCCACCUUCAACCAGUCUCUCACCCAGCGUCUGCAGGCUCUGAAGUUGCAGAGCGCCAACGCCUCCCCGAGUCGUGCGCAGCCCACCACUCAGGAGGCCGAGAGCGCAAGCGAGGGGGAGGAGCCCCAGCGCGAGCCCUUAGACGAGGAUCCUCGGGACCCCGAGGAGUCAGAGGAACGCAAGGAGGAGGAGAACAGGCAGCCCCGCCGCUGCAGGACCAGGAAGCCUGCCCGCCGCCGCGACCAGUCCCCGGAGUCCCCUCCCAGAAAGGGGCCCAUCCCCAUCCGGCGUCACUAA